ACACAUUUCUCGCGCGCGCCACGUGUUCCACGGCGAAUCUUCCAGAGAACCGAAAGCCGAGCGAAGUCGAAGAGCUACUACUAUGGCCGAAGAGGAACCUCAAGCAAUGGACGCAACUGUGGAAGAGCCGACUGAGCCGCUGCCCGAGUGGGGCGAGGACAUAUCCCCGGAGAAAGACGGCACGCUGUUCAAAACGGUCAUCCACGAAGGUUCUCCCGACGACGGAAGCCCCAUGAAUAACGACGAAGUUUUCGUCCACUACACUGGAAAGCUACUCAACGGGACCGUGUUCGACUCGAGCGUGGAGAGAAGCGAGCCGUUCAAUUCAAACUGGGCACCGGCGCCGUCAUAAAGGGAUGGGACGUCGGCGUCGCGACGAUGCGGAGAGGAGAAAAAGUGCGUCCUCACAUGUCGUCCUGACUAUGCGUACGGCGAGAAGGGAUCCCCGCCCAAGAUCCCAGGGAACUCUACGCUUCAGUUUCGAGGUGGAGCUCCUGAGCUGGAAAGGGGACGACAUCUCGAAGGACGGAGGAGUGAUGAAGAGUAUAGUCACUGAGGGGAAGGAGUACAACCGGCCUUCGGAUGGGGCCAAGUGCAACGUCCACAUUAGGGGAACGUACAAAGAGAAGGUGUUUGAAGAACGUGACGUGGCCUUUGACUAUGGAGAAGGUUCGGAGGAAGGUCUGCUGCGAGGUGUGGAGAUGGCAAUCGGUCAGAUGAAGGCUGAAGAGUCGGCAAAGGUCACCAUCAGCUCCAAAUACGGGUUUGGAGAAGCAGGUAACCCAGAGCUGGGGAUCCCCGGAGGAGCCACUCUGGUCUACUUCAUACGACUCAACAGCUUCCAGAAGCUCAAGGCAAACUGGGAGUACAACGACGUGGAGGAGAGAAAGACAGAGGCCGAGAGACUCAAAGAGAAGGGUACCAACUACUUCAAGGAGAGCAAGUGGGAUCUGGCCCAGAAACUGUACGAGAGAGGGUCGGACCUCAUCUCGGACUCCCAGCUGAGCAAAGACGAGGAGAAAGAGGUGGUCAGGACGCUGCGCAUCGCCCUCCACCUGAACCAGGCGGCGUGUCAUCUCAAGCUCAACGAACCCUCCCUGGCCCUCAAAGAGUGCGAAGAGGUGACUCUACUUGACACAGUGAAUGUGAAGGCGUAUUUCCGUCGCGGCCAGGCCAGGCAGCUGCUCCAAGACUACGAGGAGGCAAUCGGGGAUUUCCAAGGGGUUCUCAGGUUGGAGCCACUGAACAAGGCGGCCCAGAAACAGCUGGCCGUGUCCAAGAAACGACUGAAGGAGGAGAGGGAGAAGGAGAGGAAGAGAUGCGCCAACAUGUUCAGCAGAUUAGGUCGCGAUGACAACGAAAAUGACAAAGUUGGAGAGAAAAUGGAUACCUCGGCCGAGCCGGAGGUGGAAGAUGGGGGGAAAACUGAAGAGCAGAAUCAAGAAGAAGAUACUCCCGUUCAAGCCACCAGUGAAUGAAGAAUCCCAUUCACUAUUAUUAUAGGAACACUCUACACCUGCCGAUGAAAUGUGGACUCUUUGUUGUUGUUUUCUUGGUCGUGCAUCUUUUCUCGCUGCCACAUUUUGAGUUUGCUUCCCCCCUGCACCAGGAGUGCAGGGGGGAAUAUUGCUGUGUAAAAUAGCUGUGUGUUGUGCAGAAUAAAAAUUUGCAAACGAUUUUCGU